UUUACAAUGUAGUUAGUGAAGGUCACCUGCUAUGUUAUUCAAUGGUAAAACCUGCUAUGGAAUAUAUUGAUAUAUUGAGGAUUAAUAAUAUAUUAUAUAGAGUUCUCUUAGAGCUACAAAAUGUCACUGUGUGAUGAUGCAACCGCAAGUAAAUUGGUUUUGGAUUAUUGGAGAAACUUGCCAACCACUGUGACAGUUUCAGGUCAGACUGUACAUGUACGAAUGUAUUAAUGCUGGAUUGUUUACAUUGUAUUAAACACCAAUGAAGUAACCCAUACAGACAGAGCUUCUUAAAGACAGAAUAUUAUCGCCAUGACAAGUAACCAUGACAACAGCUACACGCCCACAAAACCGGCUAAUGGGACAAUGGAAGAUGGUGUCCAACUCCUGUCCUUCACCCCGAGUAACGGCAACCCCUCCCCUGCCAAAAGACGGAACGGCCCAGCCAGUGAAGAAGAAAAAGAGAAGCUGGUAAACUCCACACCGGUGAAGCUGGACCCAGGAAUGGACUCCCUUGAUUACAGGGCGGCCGAUAUAUCGAUGGCCGAGACUCAAAAACCUCCUGAAACCCCUCCUGAUAGAUACCGAAUGGUGUUUAUUAUAUUCCUUAUUCACGGGGUGGGCAUUCUUAUGCCGUGGAACAUGUUUAUUACAGCCAAAUCUUAUUUCCAAGAUUACAAGUUAAACACAGAGGAGAGCAAGGACUCGGUGUAUCGCUCGGAGUUCAUGUUUUACCUGGGAAUUGUCUCGCAGGUCUCCAACGCUAUCAUUUCCUUUAUCAACACAUUCUUCCAGUUUGGCGGGCAAGCGUCCACCCGGCGUAUCGCCAUAGCCCUGUUCAUGAUGGUCAUCAUUUUCAUCUUUACCGUGAUUCUUGCCAUGAUUGAUACUAGCGCCAUACCAUUGACCUUCUUCAUCCUCACCAUGGUCUCUGCUUCUCUUCUCAACUGUUGUGCAGGCGUGUAUCAGAACAGUACUUUCGGCCAGGCUGCCAUUCUCCCCAUGAAGUACAUCAACGCCAUUGUCCUAGGAACGAAUCUCAGUGGGAUUUUUACAUCUGUGAUCAAUGUACUUUCCAUAGCAAGCUCGCCCAACCCUCGCACUGCUGCUGUGUACUACUUCAUUGUAGCCAUUGUAACUCUACUUGUAGCCUUUGACUGCUACUUUCUUCUUCCACUGACAAAGUUUUACCAGCAUCAUGUCCGGUCGGUGAAGGAUUCCCACCCGCCACAGAAGGCGGACAUGAAGAUGGCUGACUACUAUAAUGGCUUCAUCCUGUCCACUAAGACGUACUGGACAGUGAUUAAGAAGAUCUGGCUGCAGCUGUUUGGUGUAUUCAUGACGUUCACCGUCUCCUUGAUUCUGUUUCCCGCCAUCCAGAGUAACGUGAGAAUGACGAGAGAAACCUUCACCCAUGACAACGGGACAAAUGAAGAGCGGACAGUCACAUUCUCAGAGGAUUUUGAGACUAAGGGCUACUGGACAUCCAUUUUCUGUUUUUUGAGCUUCAACCUGUUUGCUUUCCUGGGUAACCUGGCUUCCGAGUGGAUUAAAUGGCCAGGACCGAAGCGUGUUUGGAUUCCUAUAGUUGGACGGGCUGUUGUGCUUAUCCCAAUCUACCUGCUAUGUAACUACAAGCCCACAGGCUUUGAGCGAUAUUUCCCUGUCUACAUCCACAGCGACAUUGUUUUCAUUAUUGCGGGCAUUGUCAUGGCGUUUACGAGCGGCUAUUACAGCUCCCUCAGUAUGAUGUAUGGACCAAAGGAGGUGGAGCCAGCAUUGAUGGGCCGGGCGGGAAUGAUGAUGGCCUUCUUCCUCGUGUUGGGUAUUACAGCGGGCGUCAACCUCUCCCUCGUUAUAGGCAGACUUGUCACCUACCCCGCCGUGUCGUGAUAUCUGGACUGAUGGUUAGCUGCCGACUACUGGAUCCUUGCUUGGCAUAUAUUAUUUUUUGUCCUUUAAAAUGCUGGUUGCAUUUUUGAAUUGAUUUAAAUUGAGUUGUAAUGAAGUUCAACCAUUUUCUUAUACAAGUAUUAUAUAUUUUGUUUUUGAAUUGUAUUAGAUUUUGAAUGAAUGUAUACUUCAGUGUAUAUUUUAAUGAUAUCAAUCAAACUGCAUUGAUGCAUGAUUGUUGAAAUCUUACCAACAUUCCUUAAGUAACAUUGAAAAUGGAAGUCAUUAGCAAGCAAGCCCUGCGCUGGUAAGAUGUCUUCCUGGCUUGCUCAAAUUCUGCAUUUUAUGUAGCAGGGCUUGUUCAAAAAUUUGAUGCCAAACUAUAGUAUAUGAAUUCAGGCUUGUUCAUCCAAAAGUCUUUCAAUGACUGCAUUAGAGAGUACUCUUAUGAAACAAAUUUCACAUGUAAAAGACGAUCCUUCUUUGCCUCAAGUUAAGCAGAACGACCAUUGCCACAAAACCUGAAAAUUCUACAUCACCACGGUUCUUGUAGACUGGUCAUUGUCUCAAGUUUAACACACUUAGUAAAUUGUUUAUUGCCACAAAUUUUUGCUCAAUUUUGGCCAGAUAGUUCAUAAUCACAGAUAAGACAUUUUUCACUGUCACAAAAUCUAGUCGAAACCAGCUGAAGAUCUCUGUAGAGAAUGAAAAUGAACAAUUAAAGAAGAAAUUUACUCGAGAAAAACAUAAAACAGUGAGGUUGGUUUUGGGUUAAAAGUUAUUUUCUGAAGAGAAGUGGCAGAACAAGUUUGGAUAAAAAUGGUAAUGUAUAUAUUAAUAGAAAUAAAAAAUGGAUCAACUUUGCUGACUCAAUAAAAUGCCUUGGAUCAAUCCAUCUUUACAAGUCAUAAUAUAUAAAACAUGCCACAUUUCAAUUUGAACUGUCCCUGUGUACUGUACCAUAUUUAACUUAUAAAUGGCUCAUCACAAAACCUGUGCUUGUAAGGUCAAAAACACAGAUGCUCAUAUCGAACAUGUACCUCAAACAAAACCAUCACCCCUUUGUGUUUACACUUAGCCAGUGACUGAAACACUGAAACAUAUCCUUGCUCAAUGGAACAAUCAACUUUAAACUAAUUCUUGCCAUGCAUUUUAUGCAAGUCUGAUUUAGGUGUUCAUGAAUAAAGGGAUUCAAAUCUUCAAAGUUUGCUGCUAUGCUUAAUCCAGUUUGUUUGUAGCCAUGGGACUUUGUGUUUUAAAAUAACCAUUCAAUACAUACCAAGUAGAAUUUCUAAGUAAACCACUUGAUACAUACCAUGUAGAAUGCUUUCCAUGUAUUAACACUUAACAUGUUGGUAAAUGUACUCUUACACUUUACUGUAUAAUUGUUAUUAUUAAGUAUUUGUUUGAUAUAACUUGAUUGCCAUGCGGCACUUAACUGCUCUGAUGACAUUUAUUUGUUGUUUAAAUUUACCAAAUGAUGUGUACUUUGAACUACGCUAUGUUCAGUGAUUUGUGUUCUGUGGAUAUACUACAAGCCAGUUACAUAAGGCAUAUGUUUGCACUGGUGACCAAUAAUAUCUUACAAGGCUGUUUACUGUAAAUGUGUUGACUCAUACGUACCAUUUGAGUCGAAAUUCACCUUCCACUAGAUAUAGUAAGGUAUAAGGUGAAGGUCAACUACGUAAUUCAGAGGUACAAAAAUUACUCCUUAGGUUAAUAUUCCAUCAACCGAUGGGGGCAAAACUACCCCUUUUUUGGGGGGUGGGGAUUUGACAGGGUCAGGCCAUAAUGCCAUUAUUAUAGGGUGUGGGCAGACUUUUAUAAACUUAACAACACAUUCAGAGGUGCAGGUCUAAAUAUAGAGAUGCAUGUUUAUUUUAAUAAAUACAAUGAAAACUACAGGGAGAACCGUAAUUAUACAUACCACACACCUGUCGAAAUAGCUUUACCAAUUAUUAAUGGGAUAACUGCCUUGAAGCGGUUGUACCAUAAAAUUGAGUUGUAUGGCUAAAUAUAGUAUAGAACCUCUAUUUCAUAAAUAGAUAUAUGAUGCAUUUAGAUCUGCACUUCUAUUGUUGGCUCGAAGCAAAUUAUUUCCCAAAUACAAUUGUCAUAGUUUUCUGUAUGGAACUAAAGGCAGUCAUCUUUACCUUUAGGUUUAAGGGGAAAACUAGUGAUGUUGGCGAGAAAAUAAUGCUGCGCUAUUGUAAAAAAUUUGUCUCAACAUUUUUAUAUAGCAUGACAUAUUGAUUAUGGAUUUAUCGAUGUUUAUAACAUAUGCUGUUUAAUGUGGAUUUUUAGCUCGACUAUUCGAAGAAUAAGGAGAGCUAUACUACUCACCCUGGCGUCGGCGGUGGCGCCGGCGGCAUUGGCGUCACACCUUGGUUAAGGUUUUGCAUGUAAGCACCUUUACGUCAUUAUCUCAGUAAAUACAUCAGUUAUUGCAUUGAAACUUUAGAUAUGUAUUGCCAACUAUCUAACAUACUAAAUUAAUGAAGUUAGAUAACAAUUAUUUAAAUAUAAUGCAAAUACUAGGCCUUUAUUAUUCGACUUAGAAAUAAGCACACAUAGGUUAAUAUCUCAGCAACUACUUGAGGUAUUGCAUUGAUACUUGAUACAAUGGUACUCAACCAUCCAACCUACUAAAUUAACCAAGUUAGAUAACUCUAGUUUGCAUUUAUUGCAAAUAAUUGCCCUCUAUUAUUUGACUUAGAAAUUCUGGUUAAGGUUUUGCAUGUAAGCACAUGUAGGUUAAUAUCUCAGUAAUUACUGGAUGGAUUGCAUUGAGACUUUAUACAAUGGUACUCAACCAUCCAAUCUACUUAAAUAACCAAGUAAGAUAACUCCAGUUUGCAUUAAAUUAAAAUAAUGGCCCCUUUUUUAUUCGACAUAGAAAUUCUGGUUAAGGUUUUGCAUGUGACAACUUUUAAGUCAAUACCUCAGCAAAUACAUCAUGUAUUGCAUUGAAACUGUUCAUUUGAUCUGGGGAUGUAGUUAUAAAGCAUCUCAGUAAGUUGGUAUGACUUCUAAAAAAAAAACCUUAAAUUUUUACAACUUAUUUUCAAUCCCCUCUACUUUUCAUGAACUGUUGUCAUAUGAAUUUACAAAUCAUGCCAUUUUCCUGCAUAUUUUUGUUGUACAAACAUUUUUGGAUUUCUUCAAGUUCAGCUUAGAAAAGGGGCAUUACUUUCAAAACCUUUUUCAGAACCAAUAUUGAAAUUACUUUGAAGUUACAAUUGAUACUUCUGCCCUGUUAAAUUAGGUCAAUUAUCCUAUCACAUAACCUAUACGAUAAUUUAUUUCCUGCUUCUGUCUUUUAAAUAUUUUUUUAAGUAAUAUUUAAUUGUUUAUGCAUUUUUGUUCUCACAAAUGAGGUUUAGUGUUCACUGAAAUGUUUUUGCUUGUAUUUAUUCGCCAGGCAGCUUAUUGCAUUAACUCAUAAGAUAACUUUCGUGCGUGCUUGUGUGGGUGUGUGUUUGUUACAUGCCAUAUUUCUGGAAUGCUUCCUAGGGGAUUUUGUCUAUAACUCGGGAUUUUCAUUAAUUGUCAUUAAUUGCACCAACAUGGGCAUUUUUGAUGUGUUUUACUUUAAACUAAAAAGUACUUUAUUGUCAAGUUCAGUAUAUGUUGUGAAUCAACGAACAGUGUAUUGUAUAAAGCAAUCUAGUCUUCAUAUUUUCCAUUACCACUCACAACUAUCUUGUUGUUUAUAUUUCCAUUUUGGGUGGUAUUCCCCUUCUUCAGAGAAGCAAAAUCCUUUCUAUAUGGCAUAUACAUGUAUGCUAUGUAUGUGUGUGUGCAUGAUUGUAAAUUUACAAAAUAUUGUUAUUUUUAAAUAUAUCAAAAAUGUUACUUGAACAAUGCAAAGAAAUUGUAUUCAUGUUGAAAGAUUAUUAUGUAAAAACCAUGAAAUUAUUAGAAUUGUACAGGUGAAUAUAAAAAGUGAACAUUUUGAACAUACAUUUUGGGUUUGAAAUGUUAGUGGCAGAAAAAUCAUUUCUGGUACAAAUCGGGAACUGGAUACCAUCAUAUUCAUUCAUCACUGUGUGGUGUUUGGGAUCAUGCAUUUUAACUGAUAACAAAAAAUGGUGUGUUUAUGUAUAGUUGUUCAUACAGAAUAUCUGUUGCUUUAUUCUGUUCAUAUAUUUGUUUAAUGGUUGUUUUGACAUAUAACCAACCAUCAACAUUAUCACAUUCAUGACAUGUACAUGUUUCACUAGUUUUUAGUCGUUGAUGUGUCAAACAUUUGUCUCAUGUAAAUGCCUUUUGUAUUGGCUAUUUUAUGAACAUGUAAAGAAUAUUUCGCUAAUUGAUGUUUAUGAUAAAACAUUUCUACAUUUUUGACCCUGUGUAUAUAUAAAUAUUUGUAUGGAUCCUUUGCGAGUGUUUGAGCCUGCCCCUAAGUUGUCAGUUCCACGUUGAUAAGUAAAAAAAAGUUCCACGUUAUUAUGUAAAAAAAAACAACGCACAAUUGCUGAAAGCGGCAGACGGCUUUCUCUGUUGUGUGAAGUUGAUUGACAGGCAAAAGGUGUUGUACUCGAUACGAAAUUCAUUUGGUGUAUUUGGGCAGAGCAGAAGCUAUAAUCAUUUUAAUACUCCACCACCUUAAAAUGCUAAGUACAUUUGCAAACCGUUGUACAUAUAUAUGCUGUGUAUUGUUGUUUGUCAGAGGAGAUUGUCAGUUAUGUAAUGCCUAGAAAUUGUACAGACAUUUGAACUGCGGUGUGAGAGAUUGUUUUUGUAAAUACAGGUAAUAAGUGCUCAUGGAAUUAUUAAUUAAUUAAAAAUGUUCAAUGUUUUAUUUUUUUAAUCUUUUAUUACAAAUUAUUAGUAAUCAACUCGUUUUAGCUCAGUUCUAUGUCAUUAUAUUGUAUACAAUAAUUGUUCAGCUGGUGUUCGUUAAUAUUAUUUUUAUUUAACUUAAGAAAUUCUUCUUGGACGACUUUGUGUUCAUUUAAAGAUUUUUUUUACUUCAGUAGGUGCUUUUAUGUUUAGAUUUUUUUUUACCUUUUAAGCUUUGUGUUCGUUCUAAAUAAGUUUAACUUCUAUAUACUCUGAGAAAGUUUUUAUUUAACAGCCAGUUUCAUUUACAAAAUAAUGAAAAAUAUCCAACCUGUGUUCAGGCUUGUAUUAGAGUUACUUCCCUUUGCUCAUUGACCGAGUUGUCUCAUUCAUUCAGUUUUUAAUUGAAGGUGUUCCAUUAUAUUCGUUAGUUUUACAGAAUUGUAUUAGAAUUAAAUGUAGUUCAGUAAGCCUUUUAUUGUGUUAUUAUUAACUGCCUAUUUAAAUUUAUAGUCUUCAAAUUGAUUUUUAAAAAUAUGACUUUAAUUGUUAUAUCCAUCAAGUGCUCUUUUUCUGUUAUUUUUGAAAUCCGUUUUUACACUCUGUGACAAAGUUUUAUACAAAGCUUUUUAACUGUUAAUUUUUUAUGAUGUUUACCAUUAAGCAGAAUUUUAGGAAACAAAAUAUGCUCAGUGCAUUUAAGAAGGCAAAAUUUCCAAAAUGUUCAGUUAAAUACUUCAACUCCCUCGCUUAUGUUUCAUGAGCUCAAAAAUUAAUUUCAUGUGUUAUGUUAAAAAUAUGUUGUUCAACUUAAAGCUCUUUUAUUACUUAGUAUUUAGAAACCUGACAUUAUGUGAGAUUAUUUCAGUGCUGGCAUAACAACUAAAUGAAAUAAUGAAUAAACAAAAACAGAUAAAUAAACACAGAUGAUACUUGACUGGUAUGACCUUCCUAGUUUGUGGUUUUUCCUGCAACACGAGACCACACUCUCUGGUUAUCAUGUUCCAACGAGAGUGAUUAAUAUUAUGUAGUAAUUGUUUUUUGUCAAUCAUUGUAAAAUAAGCAAGUUGAAAUUAAAGAUUAUGAUUUUUAUGGGUUGAAACAUUACCUUUAACCAAUAGAAAGGUUCUUUGGUUAAGAAACUCGUUAUUGAAACUUCGUUAAAGAAACAUGUUAUUGAAACUUAUGCUAUUUAUUUUGCAUUUUAAAUGUGCUAAGCAUAUAAUCAUAUUUUUCACGUAUUUUGUGUGUGUGUGUGUAUUGUGCCUUGUUGUUUUAGUUUUCAUAUAUAUGUGAAUAUGAGUGUCAGUAAAAUAAAUAUCAUAAAAUUAAAA